AUGGCCUGGUUCUCUUCUAAACCUUCAAAUCCCUCGUCGGAACCAACUCAAUUGGAACAAAAGUCCCAUCUCCCGCUUAACAUUGCCCCUGGCUCAGAUAUCUCCACUACGUUGAACCAGAUUUCUGACCACCCUAGUGACAUCAAGAUUACUGAAAUCUCUAACCGUGAAAAUAUAAAUCAAUCAGUGUCAGAUUUUGUAGCUCAGCGUCCGUCAAACUUGUUCGUUAUUGAUGGUGAGAAGGAUAAAAAGGAAAGUAUUAUAUGUACUAGCAACUCUACUGGUGGGAAGACUUGUUUAAAGUUAGGAUAUAAUUCAAUUGAACUAUUUAAGCAUAUGCAAAAGUUGGAGUACUUCUGUUCCUUACCAGAUGAUAUAAAUGCCACUUACUUCGAGUGCCGUAAGAUCCAAUAA